AAAGGGAUUCAGUUUACGAAAUGCUUCUCGCAAUUUUUCGCUUGAUUUCAGAAUUUUAUAUUUGGUUGCCACACCUCCCUUAAUGCGCUAUUGGACGCAACGGUGGACGCCCAUGAUUCAUUUAGGACAUUUUUUAGCACAACUCAACUUUUUUCAAUCUCACACGGUGUCACGGCGAUAUUGUUCCGUUUCUUGUGUCGUUUUUCAUUUUGUCACAAAUUUUGUGGACUAGUUUUAGAGACGUGGAAUUGCGAAUUUGUAGUUAAAAUGUUUUCUUCGCCUGGUAGGAGUUAUAAUUAGCUCAGUAUUUCAAACCUGGAAGUUAUAGCAUCUUUUGGAGCCUUUCCGUACACAGCUGUAACAGUUUCUUUGGAUGAUGCUGAGCUGCGAACAGCUUUUGGAAAUGAUUUCCAUAUUCGUCACUCGUUCAUGAGAAGUCGCUGAGAAGUGGGUUGGAUCACCGUGGAUGGCGAUGUUGUGCUGUUUUUUUUGACAUGUUAUAAACCGUUCAGCGGUGAAACUGAAUCAGCAUUAUGGGCGAAGACUCCAGCGUCGCGGAGUAUCAACCUUUGCACUCUCCAUCAGCAUCUGGUCAGUUCCGUCCGCAAGUUUUCGAUCCAUUUCUCAUAAUAACCCAAAUCGGUGCCAUCCAGAGUAUUUUUUAUGCUUCGUCCACGGCACUUCUACUAAUCGGCAGCCGACCGAUGGGAUAUCCCCUAAGCCUACGAUACCUCCUAGACCCUGAAACGGUUACCUUGCAGAGCACCACAGGACGAUGGCUGGUCCUUAUGUAUUUUCUCAAUGCGCUCGCACUGGCUUUCAUGCUGCAGAUUCUUGUCAAACGGUCCAAAUUAUGUUUGGAUUUUGUGGCCACGUGUAUUUUAAUCCAUUUAUGUCUAUCCUGGAUUUAUUGUUCCCAGUUUCCUUCGGCUGUGACGUGGUGGAUAGUACAAAUCCUCGCAGCUGUUCUGGCCACCUUAUUGGGCGAAUGGUUGUGCUUGCGAAUUGAAAUCGAGGCGAUACCUGUUAACCAGCCCAUCAAAACGGACGUGUAGCGGGAAAACAUGCUUAUUUUUUGGCAGGAGGCUGUAGUUUUUAAACCAGCGAUUAUGGGAAUUGGGGAAUUUUUGUUAAAAAUCAGCCCUGCAACGCAACGCAUUUUAGAAACACUUCUUGCUUUCUUUUUGAAAAUACACUAUGGUGGAAUCCGCAUCCGAGAGCUUGUUUGUAUUUAGCAGCGGUUUUGUUUUUUUGCUGUCUUCAAGCCGGUGUUAAAUAGGUUUUAUGUAGCUGUUUUAUGAUUUUCGAAAUUAAAAUUAACUAAGUCUCACUUCGUUUGUGGGCCUUCCCGUGA